AUGCCUGAAUUCAUUGAGCUCACCCCAGAGACAGAGCAGUCAUCUGUCCAGGAAUAUGGAUUUGGUGGAGGGCCUCCUCUGCCCAAGGCAGAUCCCUGCCUCACACCAAGGCAAUUGCUUAUGCCCAAACUGUAUCCCAUUGCACUCACCUUUGUACUGUAUUUGUACACAUACUCUCUCAUCACCCCUCUCCAGCAUGCGUCACCUGUACUUAAUGCCCUUCUUGUCCUCAGUCAAAUCUAUGAGCUCCCACACCUGUGGAAGAUCGUUAUCCACUCCAUGCAUGAGAAGUUGAAUCAUUACAAUGCAGUUUCUGUGUAUGAGAUGGCAACAGUUUACAAUGCUCAGAGCCUGCAGAUCCAGUCACUUAAAGUGGUCAUGGGGAAGAAUGGCAUCUGUGGCCUGUGGACAUGA